AUGUCAGUGAGGAGUGCAGGAAGGGUUCAUCCGAACGAAUGUGUUCGUGCCGUGCAGAUGUUCCAUUCUACGGAUCCUCGUUUUUUGUCGUUUGAAAAGAAUGAUCUCAUCGAAAUCACACAUGUCAACAACGAUGGUACACUUAUG